AUUCUCUCCUAACACACACACACACACACACACACACACACGGUGAGCCACGAUGAACACCAGGCUGUCCUUACUCGUGCUGUUUUAUAAGUCACCUUUGCCUGCACGCGGAGCUUCCCUCAGCCCCUCACUGGACCAGCAAUGCCUCCCCGAUACUACCAUCUCGAGGGAUGAGGAAUGGGCGAACAUUACCACCCUGAAUAUACCUGUCCUGUACAACAAUUACGAAUCAAAAUACUUGUACGUGCAGCCCGAUACAGGCUUCAAGGGCGUCAGCUUCGUGGCGGCGGGCAAUGGCUGGCGGAGCGACGCCCGGUUCACGCUGGACAACACUUGCUUCCCUCGUCACGCUAAGUGGUGGGAGUUGUGGGCAAAUGUACUGAGAGUGAGGAACAAUGACAAAAACAAUGAUGACUAUCUUCUGUUUGUAGUAAGGACUGGUAAUUGUUUUCUGUGGUGCCGCAGAGGCCGCUUCCCUGAUAGGUGGAAUGUUACUAUCAUGGCUCAGGGGCCCUCAAGGUGGAGAUUAGAGCGGCCGAAGCCAUGCACUGUGGAAAAAUUCAAACAACAAAACUCCUCAUUGAUAAACUGCACCACCACCUGGACCCUUACAAUGACCACCACCACCACCACCACCCGUACAACCACCAUCGCCGUCAUAGUGGUGCCGGUGAUGAUUGGUGUUGCUGUUGCUAUUGUUCUGCUAGUGGUGGUCAUCAAGUGUUACCGGCAGCGAAGGGAAUCCCCAGAUGUGAGGAUGCGAUUCCAAGGCGCCCCGGCGUCCGCCAGCGAGAGCGUCGUGGUCGAGAACAGCCUGUACGAGACCUUGGACAACACCCGCGGGACCGAGGUGGUCGAGAACAGCCUGUACGAGACCUUGGACAACACCCGCGGGACCGAGGUGGUCGAGAACAGCCUGUACGAGACCUUGGACAACACCCGUAGGACCGAGGUGGUCGAGAACAGCCUGUACGAGACCUUGGACAACACCCGUAGGACCGAGGUGGUCGAGAACAGCCUGUACGAGACCUUGGACAACACCCGCAGGACCGAGGUGGUCGAGAACAGCCUGUACGAGACCUUGGACAACACCCGCAGGACCGAGGUGGUCGAGAACAGCCUGUACGAGACCUUUGAAAACGUGAGGAAGCCGCGGUAAGGGAGAAGGAAAUGGAAGAGGGAGAUGAGGGGAAAGCGUGAGAACAUGGCAGCAAAAGCCUGUCGGUUCAUCACGAGGCUGCCUGCUUUAGCGACAGUGUUAAUCAGUUCGUCACCACUUGGGUGACCUGCGGCACAGACUAAACCACUUUUGUAUGCACGCACGCGCGGGCACGUUCACUUCACCCGUGACGCAGCAAAGUGACGAUCAGCGCGAUCCUGAAAGGAAAUGAUCGUUUUCGAACCAACUACUCCUGCAGGAAGGCUGUCCCACGCUGUAGUAUCAUAUGUCACGUGUGAACGAUUUAGUAAAAGUUGACUGUCGAUUUCCAUGUCUUUUCUUGCCCCCGUUCCUCUCUUCUUCUCUCCUAUUGUCUUUUCUCCUCCUUUAUCGACCUUUUCUUCAUUCCCUUUCCUUCCUGUC